AUGAGAGAUCCUCUUCCAGUUGAGAGGAGAGGAAGUGCAAGAGAGGAGAGAUGGUCUCCGGUUCAUGGAUCUGCGCUGAAAGAGUCUGUUGAACGGCCAGAAGGUUGCAAUAAACUGCCUUUCCGGUGGUCUGUUGCGCUAGAAGAUGAAGUACUUGAGAAUGAUCCCUCACAAAAGACUAAGGGCGGAGAAGCUGCUCUUGCACGGUUGAAGGUGCUGAGGCUUCAGGUUGGGCAAUAUUGCCUGUUGAGCAAACUCUCAUCAGAAGUUGGAUGGAACAAUUAUGAGAUUAUCAGGGUAACAUCCUUUUUUCUUUUACUUCUCUUACAUUUGUAAUAAAACGUUUUAUAGGAAUUUGUUGAGAUGAGAUACAGAAAUUGGUGUUUCUAAUUCCUGGUCACUGUCUCGAAUGUACUUAGCAAUGUCCAAAUAAGUUUGCAUUUGAAGAUUCUUUUACUGGCUAUGUCAUUCUUGUUGCUAUUUGUACGAACUUGUUUGAUCUUUAAGAUGCAUUGGUUUUUAUAUAAUAUUUAUGAUAUACAUUAG